AUGUCCGAUUCUCCCUCCUUGCAAAGUGUUUUUCCACAAAUUCUUCCAGGAAAGCCCAAGGUGUACCAAGGUGUGAGGGUGAAGAUCACAGUCAAGGAGUUGCUGCAGCAGAGGAGAGCACGACAAGCAGCCACUGGUUCAGCAGUUCCUUGGGACAGCAGCAGCAGCAGCAGCAGCAUCCAGUUUGCAGAGUCUGUGUCUCCGCCUCACCCAGAACCUUUUGAAGCAGAGCCCAUCCCUCCUGUGCCCAGCUGCUGCCCAUCCUGGCAGUUUUCCAGCUGCCUCUCCUGUGAGGAAAGCCCCGGAUACCUGGAGCAGCUGAUAGAUUCCUGCCUGCAGUCGGAUGCACCCUCUGAGCCAGCCUUCAGUGCCUUCCAGCCAUCCCCACACUACACCCCAGACACCUUCCAGCCAGUCCAGCUCUGCUUCAACCAGGGCCUGGCUACCAGCUCUCCCAGCUCAGCCGACCUGCCCAGCCCGUGGAACUCCAGCUGCUCUCCCCCUCAGCUCUCUCCCCUCACCCCGCUGACCCCCAGCCCACCCUACAGCUGUCCCAUGGAGGAGUGGCCCUGCCACCCCCCGUGUCCCUUGCCCAGCCCUGCCUGCUGCUGCACAGCCUGUGGCUCGCAGAGCAGGGACAGCCGGGGCCCGCAGUGCUUCCCCUGCCCCAGCACGGACUGCGUGGAAUUCCUGCCACCCCUGACCGUGCCCGAGGACUUCUUCAGGAGGGACAGGAGCUGUGACAUUUGCUACAGCUAAUGGGGGCUGCGGUUUCACACAUCCACUCUAUCCAAAUCAGAUUAAAUUGCCCAUGAACUAUGCAAAGUUGUGCUGCCUAACACAGUCCAGUUUAUUCUUCACUACUUACACAUUUUUUACAAGAUGCUGUCACUACAUUGAUCUACGGUCAGGGGUGUUUUGUUGGUGGUGUGGUUGUUUGGUGGGGUUUUUUCCCUGUUUAUUUUUUCAUUGUUGCUGUUUUUUAAAAUAAAUCUGAAGCUGCCUUAUCAAACACUUGUCAUUAAACCAGCUCUU